AUGCUGCGGCUGUUUGUAGAGUCAGCCAGUAUUGAACCUCCCCGAAGCCCCCCACCCCGACCCUGCAUGUCCAUCUACUUCAGAGAUUUCAAGAAGAGAACCCGUGAGCUGGAAGGGAACAACCCCAUAUGGAAUGAGACCCUAAUCUGGCACCUCGCAAACUGGCCCCUGGAGAAUGACUCUUCCCUGCAAGUCAUCCUUCGGGACAUGAACGCAAUAAAGAAAGAAAGGUUCAUUGGAAUGGGCACAAUACUGCUCAAGUCUUUGGUGAAUAAACCGAAGAGAGUCCUUUAUGUGAAGAACCUGAAGUUGCUUGAUCGCUCCAUGAUGCCCACGGCUUGCACUAUCAACCUACAGGUGACUCAAAUGACCAAGCAGGAUGUUGAGAAGAUAGGUUAUGAAGACCACCUGGACAUAAGUGCACUUGAGGCAACUAGACAGAAAUUGAUAGCUCCCACCUCCACCGUGCCCAAGGCUCUGUCCUCAAGGCCUCAGCACUUUCAGGUCCGAGUGAAGGUGUUUGAAGCCCGACAGCUCAUGGGCAACAACAUCAAGGCGCUGGUGAAGGUGGUCAUCGGAGGCCAUGAGUACCACACCCGAGUCCAGUUGGGAAGUAACCCUUUCUUUAAUGAGCUCUUCGUCCACAAUUUUUAUGAGAUGCCUGCAAAAUUCUUUGAUGAGCUCAUCUUAAUCAGGGUGAUGAAUUCCUCAUUGCUGAGAUUCCAUUCAGAGAUUGGGAGAUUCCAAACAGAUAUUGGGUUUAUUUACCAUUCCCCAGGUCACGCAUUCCUAAGGAAAUGGCUAGGCCUCUGUCAGCCAGAAAAUCCCAACAGUGGCCUAAGAGGCUACCUGAAAGUCACCAUGUGUGCCUUCGGUGCAGGAGACCAGAUCCCGGUAGAUCAAAAGCUGCCCUUUGAGACUGAUGACACCGAUACUCAGAUCUUCAAGUCAGCCGUGGUCCCUAUCACAAUGAUCUACUUACAAUUCUUCAUCUACUGUGGAGAAGACCUCCAUCUCAAGAAACACCACUUAGUGAAUCCUAUGUUGGAGGUGGGACUAGUCGGAGAAAAGCUCAAGACCUUUGUGCAAACCGAAACUGAUAACCCGAUAUGGAACCAGGUCCUGACCUUGCCGGUUCAGAUGCCCUGCCUCUCCACCUUUAUCAAGUUCAGAGUCUUGGACUGCUCCAGUAAUAAUCGCCAGGAUGAGAUCGGGUCAGCGACCGUGAACUUCAACCAUAUCUUCUCCACUGGAGCAGAAGUAGAAGGAACAUACUCUGGCUUCCUACCCUGCUUUGGUCCCAGUUUCCUGAUUCUCCGUGGGGGUAAAAAGGCCCCUUUCAGGAUCCAGAACAGAGACACAACUUUUCUCAGCUCUAUUAAGGAUGGUUUAGCUUAUCGAGGCCGAAUCUUUAUGGAGCUUGUCACCCAUACCACUCCUCAUCAAGAGGCUAGGAUAAAGAAUCUCUCCUAUGAAGUCACCAGAGUAGAGAAGCACAAGAACCGCCUAAAAUAUGGGCUAUGCGUCAUCUUCCUUUCCUGCACCAUGAUGCCCAACUUUAAGGAUCUGAUCCAAUUUGAGGUCAGCAUCGGUCACUAUGGAAACAAGAUGGACCAGAACUACAAGCCUCUGGUCUCAACCACACAGUACAGCCCGGUGAUAUAUGAUGGGAACUUCUACCAUUACGUGCCGUGGUACAACACCAAGCCUGUUGUGGCCGUGACCUCCUUCUGGGAGGAUGUCAACUUCCGCAUGAACUGCCUCAACCUCCUCCACAUCACUCGGGACCGCCUGAAAGCCAAUCUGGACACCCUGAAAUCCAUGAGGAACCCCAUGGACCCAGCGCUGCUCCCUCAGUGGAAAAAGCUACUGAAGGAGCUGGCGGAGGACUGCAAGCGCCCUCUGCCCUGCAUGACCCAUCAGCCCAAAGCCACUGAGCUGGACAAGAAGAGGUGGCAGCUACGCAGCCUCCUCCUGCAGGAACUGGCUCAAAGUGCCAAAGAAGCCAAGCCCAGGAACAUGAUAUCCACGGUGGAGGGCUGGUUGUACCGCCUCAAUGCUGUGCUCCCCGAGCCUCAGGUGAACAUCCCGGACGUGAUGAUCUGGCUGAUGGCCAAAGAACAGCGGGUGGCUUACGCACAGGUGCCCGCCCACAGCAUCCUGUUCUCCCCAGCGGGGACCCUUUACUCUGGAAGAUUCUGUGGGAAGACACAGACCCUUCUCCUGCAGUACCCAGAGGGUGAAGGACAGAAGGACGUGCUCCCGGCCCACCUCCGAGUCUGCAUGUGGCUGGGCAACGUGGUGGACAGCAAGGGCCUGCAGCUGCUCCGCAAGGGCGAGGUGGUGGUGUACGCGGAGACGUACGAAAAUGAGGCCAAGUACAAAGACCAGUGGGGGCAGCAGGGGCUGCAUCACUGCCCCAACUUCUCGGAUGCCAUGGGGCGCAAGGCCCUCCCCAAGGAGGACUUCAAGGAACCCCAUGGAUGGCACUGGCAGGGGAAGUGGACAGUGGAGCCUCAGAGGAGACUCCUCCUGGAUGUAGACAUCAACAAGAGCCAGGUGGUAGAGGAGGUGUACGAGAACCAGCACCGAGACAUCACCGGGGCCUGGGUGUCGGCGGCCAUCCCCAACACUGAUUUGAAUGGACAGCCUGUAGAAGCCCGGGAGAACAUGAAGUGCCCCCAAGGCUGGCAUGUGAAGAAGAACUGGGCUGUGGAGCUGAACCACGCAGUGGACAGUGAGGGCUGGGAGUAUGGAGUGGGGAUCCCACCCUCGGGGCUCCCCCGGGUGUGGAACUCGGUGGAGAAGACCUACUACUCAUAUCGCCGGCGGCGCUGGGCGCGGGUGCGCUUCAGGGACCGUGGAAAUCUGAGCUUUGAGCAGGAGACCCUCUCCUUUCUGCAGCUGCACCACCCCAGCCUGGCAGAGGAGGGCUGGGAGUAUGGCACCUUUGGCUCCAAGUUCCACCUGAACCCUCAGCCUCAAAGUCAGUUUCGCCGCCGCUGCUGGCACCGCAGACUGGCCCCCGACAAGGAGAAGGGCAUUGCGCCCAUAUUCCUCCUGGAGGGAUCCUUGGCACACAGUUUAGAGAUGGAACAUCAGGCUCAGAUGGAAAAGAGCAAGAUGCUACAUCGCAGUAUCUCUAGAUCGUUCAUGGACUCCUUGAGGUCUUUCCUGGAGACCAGCCACGCACCCAGCCUGCCCUUCAUCUACUGCGUCUUCAACAAGCCCCACUACUACCAGCUUUUCUGCUACAUCUACCAGGCCCGGAACCUGACGUCCACCCAGAUCCAGGCGUUCCAGGGACCCUUCAUACGGGUGGUCUUCCUGCACCACAGCCAGUGCACUCAAACCCUGAGGAGCUCUGCAGCUCCAACGUGGGACCAGACACUCAUCUUUCAGCAUCUCCUCCUCUAUGAGAAUCCCCAGGACAUCAAAGAGAGCCCCCCACUUGUGGUGCUGGAGCUGUGGCAGCGAGACUACUGGGGCAAGGAGAGCUUAUGGGGACGGAGCAUGUGGCCCCCGGAGGUUUGGCUGGAUGUCCAAAAGCGGACGCUGCCACCCAUGAGAUGGCAUCCACUUACGAGAGAGUUGGGAGAUGAAGAAGGGGAGAUCUUGGCAUCCUGUGAGCUGAUCCUGGAGACGGAGGUACUGGAGGACCGGGAAUCGCCCAUCAUUAGUGUUCCUUGGAAGAAUGGAUUCUACGCACUCCCCAAGAGCAUGCAGCCCACCCUAAGGAAAAUUGCCAUCGAGCUCCUGGUCUGGGGUCUGCGGAACAUGAAGAAGGUGCGCUCCCCCCAGCUCCUGGUGGAAUGCUGGGAAGAGUCCCUGCAGACGGAACCCAUCAGGGACUUCCAGGCGAACCCCAACUUCAAGGAGUCAGUCCUCUUCCUCACACUGUUCAUGCCUGUGGAGGAGACCUACGUGCUGCCCCUCAUCUUGAAGGUGGUGGAUGUCCAGGACUUUGGGCAACGGACCGUGGUGGGUCAAGCCAACAUCGACUCUCUACAGCCCUACUUCUGUGACCCCUGGGCUGCGAACUAUGUAUCCCAACGGCUUCCAAGUUGGCCUUUCUCUUUGCCCUUGCCCAGGCUUCCCCCACAAGUCAGCCCUGGUGCCCUGUGGGGUUGGUAUCCCUCUUCCCCACUCUGCUCCCCUCUUGAGAUUCACGAGUGCUUUCUCCACACAGUGCUGACUUCGAAAAAGUGCCCCCCGCUCCUAGAUUACUUCUACGGGAAGUUCUGGUUCAAGUCCAGCAAACAUGAGGAUGAGUAUGAGCACGAGGUAGACUGGUGGAGCAAGCUGUUCUGGGCCACGGGAGACACUCCUAAUUCCGUCAUCUACAAGUACAAAGACUACCAUACCCUGAAGGUGUAUGACUGUGAGCUGGAGGCUGUGCCAGCCUUCCAAGGCCUGCAGGACUUCUGCCAGACCUUCAAACUCUACCAGGAACAGCCCAAAGUGGACAGCCCUGCAGUGGGGGAGUUCAAGGGCCUUUUCCGUGUCUACCCCUUUCCUGAGAACCCAGCGUCCCCGAUACCCCCCCGCCAGUUCGUGACUUGGCCCGAGAAAGAGGACUUUCCUCAGCAGUGCGUGGUGCGGGUAUAUGUGGUCCGAGCAAUCAACCUGCAGCCCCAAGACUACAAUGGCCUGUGUGACCCUUAUGUGAUUCUGAAACUGGGACAGACAACGCUUGGCAACCGGGAUGAGUACAAGGCCAAUACUUUGGAUCCCAUCUUUGGCAUGAUGUUUGAACUGAACUGUACCAUCCCCCUGGAGAAGGACCUAGAGAUCCAGUUAUAUGAUUUUGACCUAUUCUCACCUGAUGAUAAGAUUGGAACCACAGUCAUCGAUCUCGAAAACCGACUCCUAUCCAGCUUUGGAGCUCGUUGUGGGCUCUCCAAAUCCUAUUGCAUUUCAGGGCCUUUCAGGUGGCGGGAUCAGAUAACCCCAAGUGUCCUCUUGGAACACCACGCCAAGCGGAAAGCAGUGCCUGCCCCUCAGUUCAGCCCUGAGGAAGACUCGGUUUUCUACAAUGGGAAAAACUUCAAACUGAAAAGCUUUGAGCCCGUGGACCCUAAAGCUCCUUUCUUGGGACCUAAGAAAGAACGGCUUGCACUGCAUCUCCUGCACACCGAGGGGCUGGUGCCUGAGCACAUGGAGACUCGCACGCUGUACAGCGACAGCCAGCCAGGUGUCGACCAGGGGAAGGUACAAAUGUGGGUGGACAUCUUCCCCAAGAAGCUUGGGCCUCCUGCUCCCCCAGUCAACAUCAGUCCCAGAAAGCCUAAAAGGUAUGAGCUGCGCUGUAUCAUCUGGAAAACUGCCAAUGUGGACCUGUGUGACAUCAGCUUAAGUACUGAGAGGAUGAGUGACAUCUACAUCAAAGGGUGGUUAUUCGGGCUAGAGAAGGACAUGCAGAAGACAGAUAUCCACUACCGCUGCAUGACGGGGGAAGCCCACUUCAACUGGAGGUUCAUCUUCACCUUGGACUACCUGGCAGCUGAGCGUGUGUGCGUGCUGAGUCAGAAGGACUACGUCUGGAGCCUGGACCCCAGGAUGAUGAAGUUCCCAGCCCGGCUCAUCAUCCAGGUCUGGGACAAUGACAUAUUCUCCCCUGAUGACUUCCUAGGGGUCCUGGAGCUGGAUUUAUCUGACAUGCCCCUCCCAGCUCGGCACGCCAAACUGUGCUCCACCAGGAUGAUGGACGCUGAGCCCAACCUGCCCCAGUUCCUCCAGUACCAGUACUUCUCCCUCUUCAGAAAGAAGACUGUAACUGGCUGGUGGCCUUGCCAGGUCCUCGAUAACGGCAAAUGGCGCAUGUCGGGUAAAGUGAAGAUGACCCUGGAGAUUCUGUCAGAGAAGGAUGCUUUAAUCAAGCCGGCAGGACGAGGCCAAUCAGAACCCAACCAAUACCCUACACUUCAUCCUCCCAUACGCAUCAACAGCUUUUCCAUAUGGCUGCAUUCACCCAUUCAAAGUUUCUGCCAUGUUUUCUGGAAACGCUAUCGCUACAAGAUCAUUAUCACCUCAAUCAUCAUGGUUAUUGUGCUUGUACUGUUCAACUUCAUCUAUUCAACUCCGAACUAUUUGGCCAUGAACUGGGUCAAACCUGAACUUCGGCUGAACGCUCCCAUGAAAACAUUCAAAAAUAUCUUUGGUUCCAGCAAUCCCAAUGCUACCAUGAUCACCACCCAGCCUGUGAACCCAAAGCCUACAAUAGACCAUAAGUUGAAAUUCCUCCAAGAACCCAUGAAUCACCUGAGAGAUAUUUUUCCAGAACUUCCAGUUCCACAAAACUAGUUCUCACAUGUUUGCCUGGCAUUUCUCCGACAUCAACCCAACCCUUGGGUUUCCCAGCGAUUACUUGUUUCUACCUUCCAGGAUAGAUGCAAGGGGUGAGGGAUAACCUGGCCAUUCUGCUUGGAAACCACUUCUAACAAGGACAGAGUUGU